AUGUGGGUUAACUUUGGUAAACGCACGGGCACCAUCAAUCGUCGACUCAACGACUGCAUCGUCUUGGAACCGUCGGAAAUGAUAGUGGUGGACUAUCCCGAUGUUGCUGUGGAGAGCCGCGCUCGCAAAGCCGUCAGUUCGCUAAUCCUGGAUCACGCGUUCAUGUCCAGACCUUCGUCGUCGACGCAUAUUUUGUGCCUUCCGCCGAUGGAAGCUGUACCUUCCGGUCUUAUGCCUUUGGUGAACGACGGGCUUCCGUUCAGCAGACGUUAUCAAGGGUCGGAGCCAAACAACUCGCGGUCUCUGCCGCAUGCCGACCUGUUGCUGUCUAAAAGCUAUCCAUGCGAGAAAGACCCUCCACCUCGGUUGUCGUCUUCGUACUCCACCGGUGUUGAU